AUGAGGGCAAUCAAAGCCAGGCCCUUGGACCCUGCUAUCCUGUCCCCUGCUCCAGUGAAUGGAAUGGGACUGCUAGUGACCGUCGUCUCUGCCUCUACAGGACUUGUUGCACUCGUCUCACUUGUUUCUCCUGCCACCGAGAUCGUCGGCGUCACAUGCGGUACUCCGGUACCCACUGCCGUAACGAUAGCCUUCCCACUUCCAACCGCCGUACCGAUGGCCUUCCCACCUCCAACCGCCGGUCCGGUAGGAUACAGCGGUGUUGGGAUCACAGUUACUGUGCUCUUCACCAUCUUCACCGUAACAUACGUAGUAAGCGUACUGCUCUUUGUCACAUGGCUUAUGCUUGGAGCAGAGCUGAUCACGCCACCAGGGAGACUUGUGGGUGCAGGAGCAGAGCUGAUCUCACCACCAGGGAGACUUGUGGGUGCAGGAGCAGAGCUAAUCUCACCACCGGGGAGACUUGUUGGUGCAGGAGCAGAGCUUAUUCCACCAUUAGGGAAGCUAGUUGGUGCAGGGCCAGAAGUUGGGGAUCCCUUGGCCUCUGUGACAGGACAGACAGUGGUGUACAGACUGAUAACUUCCGUGGUGACGCUGCCGAGUCUGGCCGGGCAGUCCGUCACAGUUGGAGCACACGAAGUCACUGUGUAA